GAUGGUGUUCCAUGCGUGGUGCCGGGCGCUAUGCGCCGGCCUCUACCCUGGGGCUCCGCGCCGCCUGCAGGGCUGGGGCAGCGCCGCCUUCUCCUCUCGCUCGCCGUCAUCAAGCACUAAUGAUGGGUUUCUAAAAGAAAAACGUGCUCAAAUCAUGUCUCGAGGACUUCCAAAACAAAAGCCAAUAGAAGGAGUUAAGCAGGUACUGGUUUUUGCUUCUGGGAAAGGGGGAGUUGGAAAGUCAACAACAGCAGGAUUGCGGGGGGCGGAGGAGAAAGCGUCUGUCUGUCUUUCUGCAUUUGACAAUCACAACACUUUGUUAAACAUAGCCCUUGCAUUAGCAGCACAUGAUUCGACAAAAGCAGUUGGUUUGCUCGAUGCAGAUGUAUAUGGCCCUUCAAUUCCAAAGAUGAUGAAUUUGAAAGGAAAUCCAGAAUUAUCACCAAAAAACUUAAUGAGACCCCUUAAGAACUAUGGCAUUGCAUGUAUGUCAAUGGGUUUCUUGGUAGAAGAGACUGCACCGGUUGUGUGGAGAGGACUCAUGGUAAUGUCAGCUAUAGAGAAAUUGUUGAGGCAGGUAGACUGGGGUCAACUGGACUACUUAGUAAUUGACAUGCCGCCUGGAACAGGAGAUGUACAGUUAUCAAUCUCACAAAAUAUUCCGGUUACAGGGGCAGUGAUUGUUUCCACUCCACAAGACAUUGCUUUACUGGAUGCACGCAAAGGAGCUGAGAUGUUUCGAAAAGUCCAUGUGCCUGUUUUGGGGCUUGUCCAAAAUAUGAGUGUUUUCCAGUGCCCAAAAUGUAAACAUGAGACCCAUAUUUUUGGAGCUGACGGUGUGAGAGAUCUAGCAAAAACCCUUGGACUAGAUGUUUUAGGAGACAUUCCAUUGCAUGUUAAUAUAAGAGAGACAUGUGAUGCCGGCCAGCCUAUUGUCAUCUCACAGCCUCAAAGUGACAUGGCCAAAGCCUAUCUAAGGAUAACUACUGAAAUAGUAAAGAGAUUGCCAACUCCUCCAGCAUGACGUGCUCAUCUCGGGUACCUGUGAUCAGAACUUAACAAUAAAGUGACUUGAUGGUGUAAGCAGUGGUGGAACAAGCAGAAAUACAUAAGUCUAUGGAUUAUAUAUUGUAUUUGUAAGAAAAUUGUUUUGAAGUUUAGGAAACAAAGUUUAAAAGUAUUGUUAUUUUUUAUUUGUCAUGACAUCAUUUGGUUACAUUCAAAGGGAUUGAAGGAUUCAGAAGGAAAAUGGGUGGAGUUUUGUAAAUAUGAAAAAUAAUGUAUUUUAAGAUGACUGAUUUUUUUUAACUUAGCUUUCAUUUAUGUACUUGAAAAAAGUGCAGAGAAGUAAAAUUGCACUUCAGCUGUUUCAGUAGCCAUGUUAUUUCCAGCUUUUGGAUUGUACCUUUAUUCAAACAUAAGUAUCCAAUCAUUUGCAAUUAUCUAGUGAUAUAUUUUACAAAAAUUAAACACU